AUGAAGUCCUUCCCUUUCCUUGCCGCCACCGCCGUCCUCACGGCCUCCGGCGUCCACGCCGGCUUCAACACCGCCCAGACCAUCAACCCAACCAAGUUCCUCGCUCGAAGCGCCUCCAUCCACGCUCGUCAAGACGUUGACACGACGACCGCCGAGUUCUGCGGAUCCGAUACCGACGGAUAUGACUGGUGGUGCGAAGACCCCCAAACAACCUGCUGCUUCGGCACAGACAUCUGGCAGUGCGCCCCCAUCACCGCCCAAGAAUGCUGCAUGACCGGCUACUACUGCGAGGCCGGCACCUUUUGCUACAUCGAGGACGUAACACAGGACCAGUACUGCCUUACCCCCGAGGAGGUCGCCAUCGUGCAGGAUGACGUGGAGUCCGGAGCUGGUGCGGGCGCUCGUAUUAAGCCGACGAAGUCGGCGGUGGCUGCCGCGGCUGCGCAGACUCAUGGGAGUAAAGAUGGCGGAGAUGAUGACGGGGAUGCGGGUGGCAAGAGGAGGAAGGGUGGCUCCUCGGGUGGUUCGGACAACACGAGCGGCGCGGAUAAGGAGGUCGUCGGGAGGAUGAUGGUCGGCUUUGUUGCUCUUGGUGCGCUUGUUGCUGUUGCUGCUUGA